AUUUUCAGAUUUUCUUGGUCGUAUGGUACCGAUCCUGGGAGCGAAUUCCUGUCAAAAGUCGAAGUUGUGAUAUCCGUCGCGUACUCCUCUCCCUGCGUCUUUGCUAUUUUUGACUUUUUUCGCUUGUGCUAUAAACAAAACCAUAAUUUUUGGUUGACCUUUAAGAAACGGAAUGGAAUAAAAACGAUGCGUCGGAAUGAGAUGCAGUUACUGGUACAAGCUACUAUACUGUUUCUUCUUUUGGCCAGUAUAAUAUCGCUUUGGCACUAUCAUGGCCUGGUGCUUCCGGAAACGAUGUGGNUUUCGAUCAACAUCUGCUGGAUUCUCUACUGUGGCCUGAAUCCUAUACUUUAUUUAAUCUUUUCAAAGUACGUAAGUUUUGAUACAGCCCAGAAAGGGACUUGA